GCCGCCGGCCAUUGCUUGCGCCCCCCUCUCGUGGCCGCCGCCUCUUGGCCGCCCCCGCGGGAGGGGGGUGAGUCGGGAGGGCGGCCGGGCGUGGACCCCGUCGGGGGCCGUGGGGAGGGCCUUCCAGGCGCCUGGUUCUGCGGAGCAGGCGCGCUGACGCUGUCGCCUGGGGGCUCGAAGUCGGAUGUGAACGCCACCGAGACCACCACGCUGCUCUUCGUCGCCGGUCUGGAGGGCACGGGCCACAAUUUCUUCGACCGCGCCCUCAACGAGAUGCAGGCCGUGCGGUUCUCCUUCCUGGACAACUGGAACGCGUACGGCAUGAUCAGGACCAACAAGUCCUGGUCCGAGGACAACCUCGAGGAGAACGCGAAGCACCUCGCCGACAGGGUCUCGAUGUACCCUGGCCAGGUGAUGUACGUGGCGGCCACACUGAGCAGCUCGUGGCCCAGCGGCCAAGGCAGUUCGUACGAGCGCCGGAACAACAGGCAGCCGAGCAUCUCUCUGCUCCGGCGGGCCGCAGCUCGCGCAGGAGAAAUCGCUGGACGCAGCAUCAACGUGCAGAUCCUCGUGACGCAGCGGUCUCCAGAGGAGACCAUCGUGGCCACCUGCAUGCAUCGGCACGACCUGGGAUCCUGCCCCGAGCAGGCGGAGACGCUGGCCGUGAACGCUGGAUUGUUGGCGGAGCAGCUGUACAACACCGAGACGAAGGCGUUCCACUGCGUCAGGUACGGCGACCUGCCCAGCCUUGCCUCGGGCCUCGCAGCGGCGCUGACCGAUGAGAGGGAACCGCUCUCAAAGGCGGAGGCCGCGAUCCAGGGCGCGUGGAUGGAGUCGAACGUGGGCGCGCACGAGCACCACGACCCCAAGGCGGACGAUAAGGAAGUCAAGGACUGGGCCGAGCAGAUGAGGGCGCCACUGCGGGCCAUCGACGUCAUGUGCAAGGGGUCGCACGAGGCGGCGGGGUCCCCAGACAUGCACGCGCCGCCGGCGGAGCCUGGGGCGAGGCGC